UCCGGUUUCCUGUUUUGGGCGACGGAAGUGACGCUCACGGCGCGCCACGGCGUCAAACGGGGAGUCAAGGCAGCAAUGAACCGUGUCUUGUGUGCCCCGGCGGCCGGGGCCGUCCGGGCGCUGAGGCUCAUGGGCUGGGUUUCUCGAAGCCUUCAUCCGCUGCCCGGUUCCCGGGAUCGGGCUCACCCUGCCGCCGAGGAAGAGGACGAUCCUGACCGCCCCAUUAAGUUUUCCGCCAGCACAGCCAACCCUCACCGCUGGUCGGUAGGCCAUUCCAUGGGAAAGGGACAUCAGCGGCCUUGGUGGAAGGUGCUGCCCCUCAGCUGCUUCCUCUCGGCGCUGGUCAUCUGGUGCUACCUGAGGGCGGAGGGCGAGGCGGACCAGUGGUUGAGAGAGGUGUGGGGAGAGGUGCCAGAGCCCAGUGAUCGUUCUGAGGAGCCUGAAACUCCAGCUGCCUACAGAGCGAGAACUUGACGGGGUGCCCGCUGGUGCUGGCAGGAAGGGAGCCGACAGCCGCCCUUCGGAUUUGAUGUCACGUUUGCCCGUGGCUGUCCUGGCUAUGCGUGCGUCCUCAGCACUGAACAACUUGGCUGGUGGGUGGGGCACUUGGCUAUGCUGAUCCGCGUGAAGCCGGAGUAGAAUCUCAGCAGAUCGGAAACUGCUCCUCGCCUGGCGCUUGAUGUCCAAGGAUUCCAUCCGCAGGACUUCUCAGAUCCUUAUGAAAGGUUUCAGUUGCACUGUAUACUGUUGGAUUGCCAAGUCUUUGUAUAACAUAAUCAUGUUUCCAAAGCACUUCUGGUGACACUUGUAAUCCAGUGUUAGUUUGCAGGUAAUUUCCUUUCUGAGAUAGAGUAUCUGGCAGAAAUGUGAAACUGUAUUACGUGCUGUGGCCUGUGCAAAGAACACUUCUACAUGUUAGUUUUGCACAAUAACAAAUUGAAAAUAAAUUUUAAUUUUAUAAUAUGGGA